AUGCAAGCGAAGCCGAUUCCCGAGGGCCAGCGGACCCGCAUCAUUUACGGGAUGAUCCGGGACGGACGCUACCCCGAGGCAGUGGAGCAGCUGAACUACGAGCUGCAGUUCUGCCCGCAGAGCAGGUCGAUGAGCCUGCUGGCGUACUGCUACUUCAUGCAGAACGAGUUCAGCCAGGCGGCGCGGGUGUACGAGCAGCUGGCGCGGCUCUACCCCGAGGUCAGCGACUACAAGUUCUACCUGGCGCAGUCCUACUACAAGAACGGGGAUUAUGAAACCGCCCUGAAGGUGGCCGUCGAGAUCAGCGACCCCGAGGUGCAGCAGAAGCUCAAGCUGCUCAUCUCGCUCAUCCGUUACGAGAAGGACGAGCUGGGCCACGCCAAGAGCAUCCUCCGCCAGUGCGACCAGGAGGACCCCGACGUGGCCAUCAACGAGGGCUGCAUCCUCUUCAAGGAGCAGAAGUACGAGGAGGCCCGGCAGAUGUUCCAGAACGCCUUGAACGCCGUGGGCUACAACUCGCAGCUGGCCUACAACAUCGCCCUCUGCCACUACCGCAUGAAGCAGCUCGCCCCUUCGCUCAAGCACAUUGCGGAGAUCAUCGAGACCGGCGUCAAGGAGCAUCCCGAGCUGGGCGUGGGGUCCUACGCGCCUGGUGUCGAGGUGCGCUCUGUGGGCAACAGCCAGACUCUUAAGGACACGGCCCUCAUCGAGGCCUUCAACCUCAAGGGCGCCAUCGAGUACACCCUCAAGAACUUUGCCUCCGCACGGGAGGCCCUGCAAGACAUGCCCCCACGUGACUAGAGCGAGCUGGACGCCUACACCCUCAUGAACCACGCGCUCAUGAAUAUUGACGAGGACCCCACCGGCGGCUUCAAAAAGCUGAGCCAUCUGAUGGAAAACCCACCGGCACCGGUCGAGACCUUUUCAAACCUGCUGAUUCUGUACUGCAAGUUCGGGUACUACGACCUGGCGGCAGACAUCCUGGCCGAGAACUCGGAGCUGACUUACAAGAUGCCCAACCAGGAGGACUUCGAGUACAUCGACGCACUGAUCCUGUCGAAGGCCUCGCCGAUGGAGGCCUACCGCAAGCUGGAGGUGCUGGCCACCAAGCGGGUGGAGCAGCUGCGGCAGGCCACCAAGAGCAUCCAGGACGCCCGGAUCCAGCGGGACAACGACAGCAUCCGCAAGAGCCUCAAGGAGUUCGACGAGCACCUCGAGAAGUACAUCCCGGUGCUCAUGGCCCAGGCGAAGAUCUUCUGGGACAACGAGAACUACACUGCCGUCGAGAACCUGUUCCGCCAGAGCCAGGAGUUCUGCGCGGACCACGAGGUGUGGAAGCUGAACUACGCGCACGUGUUCUUCGUGCUGGACAACCACUUCCGGGAGGCGAUCAAGUACUACGAGCCGAGCGUGAAGCGGUUCGAGAACAGCAUGCUGAGCCUGACGGCGAUCAUCGUGGCCAACCUCUGCGUCAGCUACAUCAUGAUCAACGAAAACCCCCGGGCCGAGGAGAUCAUGCGCAACCUGGAGCGCGAGGAAGAGAAGGCGGGCUACGAGGACCCGGGCAAGAACGUGUACCACCUGUGCAUCGUGAACCUGGUGAUCGGCACCCUCUACUGCUCCAAGAACAACUUCGACUUCGGUAUCAGCCGCAUCAUCAAGUCCCUCGAGCCCUACGAGAAGAAGCUCAACGCGGACACCUGGUUCUACACCAAGAAGUGCUUCCUGGCACUCAUCGAGAACCUCGCCAAGCACAUGCUCAUCCUCCGCGACACCUCCAUGAGCGACAUCCUCAACUUCCUGGACGCCGCUGACGAGUACGGCAAGAAGAUCCAGACCGAGGUCAAGCCCCUCGAGGGCUUCGACGAGCGCAAGACCAUCGCCUUCGAGGCCCGCGAACUCAAGCGCCUCUUCAUCAAGCUCCGCGGAUGA